ACCAUGAGACUGCUGGCUCUGCUGCUGCUGAUCGGCGCUGCUGCGGCAGUUCCACGUGAAGAUGGCAGGAUCAUUGGCGGGUGGGAGUGUGCGCGUGGCUCUCGUCCAUACAUGGCCUCCCUCAACUAUGGUUACCACUUCUGCGGUGGGGUGCUCAUCAACGAUCAGUGGGUGCUCUCCGUUGCUCACUGUUGGUACAAUCCCUAUUACAUGCAGGUCAUGCUGGGAGAACAUGAUUUGCGAACGUUUGAUGGCACCGAGCAGCUCAUGAAGACCGAUACCAUCAUCUGGCACCCUGAGUAUGACUACCAAACUCUGGAUUUUGACAUCAUGCUGAUCAAGCUCUUCCACCCGGUGGAGGUGAACGACGUAGUUCGACCAGUCCCACUGCCCACAGGGUGCCCGAUUGGGGGGCUGCAGUGCCAUGUGUCUGGCUGGGGCAACACUGCCCUUGGUGACGAGGUGUACAUGCCCACCCUUCUGCAGUGUUUGGACGUGCCCGUAAUAGAUGACAACAUCUGUCACAACGCCUAUCCUGGCAUGAUCUCACCCAGGAUGUUCUGUGCCGGAUUCAUGGAUGGAGGCAGAGAUGCAUGCAACGGUGACUCUGGCAGCCCUCUGGUGUGUGAAGGAGAGCUUCACGGCCUGGUGUCAUGGGGUCAGGGAUGUGCCCUUCCCGACUACCCCGGAGUCUACGUCAAAGUGUGCGAGUUCCUUUACUGGAUUCAAGACACUCUGGCGGCCUACCCCUGAAGAAUUUAACCCAUU